AUGAAUCCAUUCCAGAAGACUAUAAAACGUAAAUCCAAAAUCUGUUCGUCAUCACUAGUCAAGAUGAACAACAGAUACAUGGGAAUAUUUGUCCUAGGAUUGCCAUAUGCUCUUCUCCACAGUGGAUACAGUGGCCUGUUCCUUAUCAUCUUGGCUGCAGCAUUAUGCUGUUACACAGGCAAGAUUCUAAUCGCUUGCCUGUACGAAGAAAAUGAAGAUGGUCAACUCAUAAGAGUGAGAGACACAUAUGAAGACAUUGCAAAUGCCUGCUGCAAAAGGCUAUCUCCCAAACUAGGUGGCAUAGUUGUCAAUGUGACCCAGGUGAUGGAACUGAUCAUGACAUGUAUUUUGUAUCUGGUUGUUAGUGGGAACUUGCUGUCACACAGUUUUCCACAUGUACCAGUGACUGAGAAAACUUGGUCUGUAAUUGCGUUUGUUACACUGUUGCCUUGUGUAUUUAUCAAAACUCUCAAAACUGUUUCCAAACUCAGCCAGCUUUGCUCCCUGGUCCAUUUCAUUAUCAUCCUUGUAGUAAUGACUUACUGUCUCACACAAAUACAUCAGUGGUCCUUGGCAAAAUUCAGACUCUCUAUUGAGUUUGAGGACUUCUUGGUCUCUGUAGGGGUGAUCAUUUUCAGUUACACUUCACAAAUAUUUCUUCCCACGCUUGAAGGUAACAUGAAAAGCCCAGGGGAAUUUAGUUGUAUGCUGAACUGGACUCACUUUUUUGCUUGUGUCUUGAAAACAGCCUUCGCACUGACUGCAUUCUUGACCUGGGGCAAAGAGACAAAGGAAGUUAUUACUGACAACCUGCCAUCCUUUCUUGAAACCCUAGUGAAUUUGUGUCUCUUAGCCAAGGCUCUUCUUUCUUACCCUUUGCCUUUUUUUGCAGCCACAGAAAUUGUGUAUGCUUGUAUUUCUAGAGAAAACCAGUCCAAAUACAGAUCUCCACUAUUUUCUCUGGGUGUAAGAGGCUCAUUUCUCCUGUUAACUCUGCUGAUGGCCAUGUUCAUACCACAUUUUGCCAUGUUGAUGGGUUUAACAGGCAGUGUAACAGGUGCUGCUAUGACUUUUCUUCUUCCUUCUCUUUUCCAUUUAAAACUCAAAUUGAAAAAACUGUCCUUCUUAGAGAAAUGUGCAGAUAUCUCUGUUUUUACUUUGGGUUUCCUUUGUAGCCUUGCAGGCAUAGUUUGCUCAAUAAAAGGGCUACUUGAAGUGUUUGGAGGAGUGUAA